CUGAAGCUGAUCUCGCACAGAUUCGGUCCCUCCUUUUUUUCAUCUCCGGAAACCACAUGGAUCCAGUGAUGGCAUUACGCAUCUGCGGCAGCACAGCCUCACGAAGAUGGAAGAUCAGCCUCCGCCGGGCAGUUCGCUCCUUCAGCACUGCUGCGGUGGACACUCACUCCCCUGCCGCCUUCCCUGAUGCGAUGCCCAUCAAGGCCUCUCCCUCUCCCGACUUGGAGAUCGACAUAGGCGGCGGUCAGAAGCUGAUGCGGUAUCCUGAGCUGGACCACAUCAAGACCAUGAAGAGCAGCGACCUGCGGCGGCUGUGUGAGAGCGCCGUGGCCACCAAGAACACGACUCUUGAGCUGUGGAUUGCCAUUGCACAGAGGGCGCUGGAGAGUGCGGACUCCCUCAAGGUCUGUUCAAAUGUAACGCAUGGCAGGCAGCCAGGCAGGCAGCCACCAUUCGUGAGUGCAUCGGAUCCCCCACGUGAGCCUUUGUUUGUAUGGGUGUGGUGUGCAGGUGUGGGAUGCGAUCAUCGUGUUGGAGUCGUUUGCAGCGGUCAACAUGGUUGACCGCACCCUCUUCCUGGCGCUGGCCGAGCAGUUCCCCAAGGCGGCCCUCAAGAUGGAGCCGCGGCUGAUCAUCAGCCUGUUCACUGUCUACGAGAAGGCCAAGCUGCGGCCUCGUCUGCUCUAUGUGGAGCUUUUCCACAGCCUGAUGAAGCAGACGGACCGCAUGUACGGCCACGAGUUGGCCGACGUGCUGGCCAUGAUGGCGCGGCUCAAGGUCGGCAACCCCCAGGUGCUGCGGCACAUGUGCCGGGCGCUGGUCAAGUAUGUGCACCUGCUGCGCUUCCUGCACGUCUGCUGCGUCUACGGGGCGCUACGGAGUCUGGACGUCACCAACACCACCGUCUAUGAGGUGCUGGAGAAACGCGCUGACAUGGAGCUGCAGAUGCUGCCGGUGCAGGAGCUGCUGGAUGCACUGCAGGUGAGUGAGGUGACCGACUCAGACAGACAGGGCGGGGCGACAAGGGUCCAUCCAUAUCUCUCUAUACGCCACGCCCCGCCCCGUGUGUGUGUUGGGCAUGGCACACACGUAUGUAUGUCUGCAGUCGGUGGGCAGUCUGGAGUUCAGUUGGCAUCCGUUUGAGAAGAUGCUGCUCAACGAGUACCUCAAGCGCACUACCAAGUUCGAGGACGGGCGGGACGUCGACGAGCUUGCCGACCCCUUCGCAGCCAUGGACUUCAUGCGGGCGCACGGCCUGCUGCACAAGGAGUUCCUCACGGCACUCUGCAAGUGGUGCGUUAAGGCCACCUACAGACCUGCCAAGAGGUGAGCGAACGGGAUGCGGAGUGAGAGCAGGGGCAGAUCCAUCCACGAGAGCUCGGUUUUGUCUAUCUCAUGUGUGUGUACACAACAUCCAUGCCAUGCAGGUCAUGGAAGCGGCCGAUGAGCCACCAGUUGGUGCAGCUGCACGACAUUUGCAGGUAAAUACAUAUGCUCAGGCUUUUAACAGCAAACAGCAAGAGAACAGCACACAGCGUCUGUCUCUGUGUGUGUGUGUGUGUGUGUGUGUUGCGGUGUGUUGCCGUCCGUCGUCAGGGAGUGGGGCCUGGAGGAGAACCGCGAUUUGCAGCAGGCAAUUCGUCACUUCGUGUCGACCAAGGGCGGCACCGACCGCUACAUGAUGUGGCGGGCAGACAUACCCAAGUCCACCACCUACGCCACCCGGCGGCCCUACUUCCUACGCCCAGACCCCCUGGAGAGGUACCAGGCCAUCCUGGCCUCACAGCCGCCAACACAUGCAGACCAUGACGCUGAUGAGGUUGCCGGUGAGGAGGACCAGCAGGAGGAGCCGAGUGAGAUUGACGCGCCGGUGGGCGAGAGCACGAGGGAGGACGGGGCUGUGCCGCAGAUCGGCGUCAGGUGGUCGCGGGUGAGUGAAUGAGUGAGGGAGCAGACACGACACGACGUGCCGCAACACGGAUAUCGCACACCAUUAUGUUGUGUGGUGUUGUCUUGUGUGGUGUUGUGGUGUAUUCCGUUCCUGCAGCCGCGUCGUCCCAAGACUGUCAAGGGCAAUCCGAAUCACCGGGAGUACACGCUGCCGGGGCGGAAGGGUUUCAAUGUGCACACGUGGAAACACCCAAGGCCAGCCAGGCCCAAGAACCUCAAGGCUGUCGACGUGUGAAGUAUAUGCGGAUGGAUGGAUGGACCGAAUUAAUGCCCCUAGCUUUGAGGCUGACCUAACGGAACGAACUGGUGUGCGUGUAAGUAUAUGUAUGUGUACGUGUGUUGAGAUCUCAACGUACGUACGUGUGUUGUGUUGCGUCAUGUUGUGCAAUUUCUGACCGCGCGUUCAUUGUAUAUUCACCCGUCGUCCG